CCGCUCACUCCCUUGAAACGUGCACAUUUUUCUAUAGUAAAAGUCAUCGCCCACGGAAAGAGGCGAGGGUGGUCCGAUUCUGCAAAGCAGAAGGCAUACUGUGUGUAUAUGUGAGGACUCAAGCUGGGUUGUUCAGCGAUGUGUUGUUAGCUGAUGAGCUGAGUGUGUCCUUGUUAUUUCUCCCCUAUCGUGCUUUUGUUUAGUAGUUUUCUAUUGCAUUCGGAAACUGUUCUGAGAGUUUUCUCGGAAACAAACAGGUCGUGGGGGAGAAUGCAUUGGCUCGGAGCGAUUAGGUCUAGCGGGAUGAUUGAUCGGAUGGCAGUUGGGGAAGAACUCGUGUGCCAAAGCCACCUGAUACCAGAGCUACAGUAAUAGUUUGCGAAAGGGGCGGCAGUCCGAAGUUCAAAGGUGUGUGUGCCAUGGCGUCGUCUGGGUGCAACUGCGCAUGAAGCUUGGAGAGGUGAUAGUUAUUUGCUGCGUAUGACAGAAGGAUGCCGGAGAUGAUUUCUUUCAAACGCAGCAUUUUACAGAAGGAUAUAUGCAUGGGCCAUGGUCCGGCGCCACUAUGCACAAGGACGUUCGACGAGCUGUACUCAGGCCAGUUUUUCAGCUUCUGGUGUUGGGGAUACAGGACUGCAUGAAGCGCGGAGAGAGAGAGAGAGAGAGAGAGAGAGAGAGAGAGAGAGAGAGAGAGAGAGAGAGAGAGAGAGAGAGAGAGCGAGAGCAGCGUUACCUGCUGUGUAUGAUAGAAGAGGAUGCUAGAGAUGUGCAGCAUUUUAGGGGACCACUCAGGGCCAUGCUCGUCGGCCAUCCAGCUCAAUGAUGUUGGGUGUGGAGGGUAUCCAGCAAUGAUGUGGGGUGCGGAGGGUACCCAGUUCGAUUGGUGUUUCCAGGCUUCUAGUGGGUGGGAAUGUAGGAGUACAUGGGCCCAUUUUUUGGUUGCUCCGUCUGGUGGGAGCAACUCUGUAUGCUGCCGCGCUUUGGAACGUGUUAGUAUAUAUUAUGUGUGCGUCGAUUGUUCUUGGAAGCAUGCAUUGUCCACGCUUCAGCGCUGUCGUCGUACGUCAAUGUUGGUUGGGUUUGGUACGUAAGCCGGUCACAGUCUCCGGUGCUUCUGAUGCAAAGCAUCUAAAUGGAUUCUUGACGCUGCAGUGAGUCCCCACAGCCAGCAUCUCCCUGAUGGUGACCGAUGAAAUGCAUGAGGAGACCACGGAUCCAUGGAUCUCCGCUUCUGAAUGGAGUGCCUGGUCAUGUUGCUCUCUUUACUGUGUACGCAGGGCUGGUACAUAUGCCUGCCAGCGUCUCUCGGCACUUUCAAUGCCAGGUAUGAUGAUGGAUUCUUAAACCACCAGUACAUUGCCCAGGCAGACUCUAGAACCGAAAUCGAGCCAAUCCAAAAUUUCCGGGGGUUCGGGGCUACCGGACCACAAUGUCUGGCGGGUGAGGAAGCAACCGAAAACGAAAAACGCGUGCGCGCUGGCGGUUUACCAAAGCUUCACGUGCAGUUCGGAUCCGCCACGGCGAAAAGAAGCUUCGAUGUACUUGUGUCCAAACCCUAGUAGAAAGUUAAUGGUUCGCACCCCGGACAGUUAAAAGUACAUGAUGAGACUUGUGUCCAAACCCUAGUAGAAAGCGAAAUGUUGGUUGCUGCUGUGUUGGUACCGUCACCGGGAAAGCUCCACACACGCAUGGUGGCAGCUUUGGAGAAGAUACUGAAACCUGUAUUUCUGACUGUUCAUGCCAGAUGUAGAAUUUGAUAAGCAGUCGCUGCGAGGGAGGCUCGUACGGAUUGCUCAGUUACUGCAAGUCAAUGCUCAGUCCAUUCUCACUCUAGCUCACGGUAGUCGCGGCUCAUUACCAAAGUGUAGCUGCAGGAGAAUUGUGCAUCGUAAGGGACAGUGGCUUGUGAGGCAGUCCUGUGGUUGGCAGUGGAGCUUCUUAACAUCUUCAGACAUGCGGGAUGUAGAAUUUGAUAAGCAGUCACUGCGAGGGAGGUUCGUACGGAUUGCUCGGUUAAGCGCAAGUCGAUGCUCAGUCCAUUCUCACUCUAGCUCACGGUAGUCGCGGCUCAUUACCAAAGUGUAGCAGGGAGAAUUGUGUGUUGCAAGGGACAGUGACGUGUGAGGCAGUCCUGUGGUUGGUAGUGCAGCUUUUUAACAUCUUCAGAUAUGCGGUAGACAUCCCUGCCUCGUGACGUGGUCAUAUAUUCUCAAGGCUGGAAAUUUCUGUGCAUCUCUUGUGCUAUGCUAGCUGGUAGCUGACUUAUAGAUAUCGUGAUCGUCAAGCUCUUUAGGCAUUUCUGAUUGAUGUCCCUCACAGUGGGUGGUGACCCUGUAUGUAAGAUGCGUUUGCGGUGCUGAGGAAUAUGGCUUGGCGUUGCUACAGGGCGGUUCCACAAUUGCCCGAUGAGGGGAAAGAGUACUUGUCUCACUCUUCGUAGUGCGGGACUCGACGGACGACCAUGUGCUGUAUUCAUAACAGUGGUCGGUUGUGCUCACACAACAUCCAUUCCUGCAAAGGCGCUAGAGAUGAAGGAUGUAGGGUGAAGGGGGGCAUGUAACAUCCACUCCUGCAAAUGCCUUAGAGAUGCAGGAUGGAGAGUGAGGGGGGCGGGGACGGUUGUUGUCGCUGCAGAACCUUGUCCGCAGUUCACGUUGUCCGCUUAACAACCACUGAGCAGUUGGUGGCGUUUGUCUUGCAGGUUUUGAGACAUUUAUGUGCCUCAAUGAAUCAGAUGUGUUCAGUGAUACUCGUGAAGUCCUGUUGAAAUCUCUUGGCCCUUGCACGCUACUCAACAAGGUGUCGACGACACAGGUCACACAACUAUUGCGACCUAUCGUUCAAUGCAUCAGCAACCACCAUUGUCCACCGAGCAGUGGAUGGCAUUUGCAGUGCAGACUUCGCAACGCUUGUGCGCCAUUAUUAUCUGUUUAUUCGUGGACAUUCAUGAAGGCCUCCAUCAGAGUUUGUCGACUUACGCCAGCUGCGCAGAAAGGCGAUGAUGAAACAGAUCACUUCGCUACAACAGUGAUUCCUCUGAUUCGGAAGUGUGGCUUGCCGUAGAAAGACUACAUUUUUUGCCUGCAGGCCCCCUGCACGGGUUACAUGGUUUUCUUCUUUUCGAGGUACCUGCUUGGAGCUUCGGACCGUACGAUGGUGUUUUAUGUCUGCAUCGCUUGCAUGUUUUUCUCUCGUCUAAGGCUGCAGGCUAGAGCCUUUUCUUUGUUUCCAAGUCUUUCCACCAUCCUCGUCACUUCAGGGAUCGCGGCUUGCCAUAGAAAGACUACAUUUUUUUCCUGCAGGCCCCUGCACCGGUCAUGUGGUUUUCUUCUUUUCGAGAUACCUGCUUGAAGCUUCAGAAGGUACGAUGAUGUUUUAUGCCGGCAUCCCUUGCAUGUUUUUGUUUUUCUCUCUCCUAGGGCUGCAAGCUAAAGCCUUUUCUUUGUUUCCAAGUCUUUCCACCAUCCGCAUCGCUUCAGGAGGGGAUUUUUUUAGAGGGGGUUUGUCGAUGUGGUUUUCUCAGGGCGCAUGCGAGAUCCGUAUUACCAUUUUUGAAUUUUUCUAAGUCGGACACGUUACGUUUAGCGCCUCUUUCUUGAAGGUAGUCGUGAACAUGAUGGUGUUCCGACUUGGACAAAAUGAAUCGUUUCGUUUGCGAAGCCCUUUGGCUGGCUGCAAGAUAUAUCAGUGUAUAGUCUGUGGGUCCUUGCAGCAUGAUGAAGCUGGGAACCUGGACUAUGCUUCAUAUCUGCUGCCAUACGAUGUUCUCUUUCUCAUAGCGACCGGCAGACGUUUGCUUUGUCUUUCUUGUACCUUCUUCAUCCCUUCUAACGGUUGUCGGCACCUAUGUAAUCUUAAGAAGAUGCGCUUGUAAUGUCUUCUUCGUGUACAGUAAAUGACGAAGCUGUUU